AUGGACAUGGUCGCAGAAGAGGUGCAGGGUCGAGAAGAUUGGGAAGAAGAAGAUGUGCUGGAGACAUUCGAGACAUACACGGACAUCAGAAGGAAACUCCAAGAAAGCAAGAAUGGAAGGGGAUACUUUCCGAAACCCAGCCUAGGAAAAGGAGGAGGAAAGUCGAAUGCAUCCAGCUCAUGGCAGAUCUCCGGAACACUUCGGGGCAAGAUCGAUCAGUUGAAGGCCAGAACCAGGUGCCAUCGAUGCAAGCGCCUGGGACACUGGAAGAAGGAAUGCCCUUUGAAGUCAUCGGCAUCAUCGACGUCAUCGGCAGCUACACCUUCGAAAGAAGUUUUGCUGGUGGAAAAUAGCGAUCAGGUCAAACAGAUGUGGGAGAGCUUCAUCACGGAGAAGGUGGAGGACAGUGAGCGGGGUUGGCAGAGCAGUUUGCCAAACCAUGUUCUCAACCCAGGGUUUGCGGACACGCACUCCACUGGGAACAGGCAGAUCAGUGACGAGACCGUGGUGGUGCCACACGAAUCGACGAGGAACAUGGCGCCCAAGAUGUCCAAGAGCGGUUGCGCAAGCAGCUCCCAGGACAAGAAGGGAUACACGAUUCCGGACGAGGUGAAUCAGAUGAUGGCUGGUCUGGUACGGGACGAAACGAUGGCCACCAUUCGCAAUGUGGACUCCUUUCCGGAUCAUAAGGUGGAUGCGGAGGGCAAUCCGAUCCGAUCCUCCACACUCAUGGAUAAGGGCAAGUACAAGGACGAGCAAAAGACGUACAUGAGCAUCUACAUGGAGGACAAGUCUUACGUGGCAUGGGUGAGGACACACAUCAACGAGAGUUCCCAUCCGACCAUGAAGAAAUUCCGAGUGUUUGUGGCCCAUAUGGACGAAGCCAAGAUCGACCGCAUCAACCAGGAAGCCGAACGUCAGAGUCCCAUGCUGCCGAAGGCGACACAGAGAAGCCUUCCCGUCAAGAACAAGAUGGAGAACACAGAGAUGACGGACCGGGAGGUGAUGACAGACGACCUUGGCACGAAUGUGGACAAGGACAAGUGGGUGAUCAAGGCAUGGGAAGGGAUGGCCAUCAAGACCUUGGAUCACAACUACAUGAAACGUCAACGCAUGAUCGAGAAGAUGGCUCGCCAUCCUUCGGGCAUGAACAUGAUAGUGAACGGUCUGGCCGAAUAG